GUUUGGAUAGGAGCAUUUCAUUUGAAAUGCUGAAUUUGAACCAAAUACCUUGUUUGGAUAAAUAAAAUAUUUGAAUUUGGAUUUGGCCCAAAUCUCAGCUAAUUAAAAUACAAGCCCAGUAUAGCAUUUGGAAAUAACUUUUUAUUUGGUGUCAUUUGUAAUAACAGAAAGCCCAUAGAAACCAGGUCGAAAUCUCUCUCUCUCGCGAGUCUCUCCGCUCUCACUGGGACUCUCGCGUCUCUCUGCUGGGACUCUCGCAUCUCUCUCGCGUGCUCUCGCUCUCCUCCUCCCUCUCGAUCCCCCAUCGCUCUCCUCGUCCAUUCUCGCUCUGAUUACUCUAAUGAGUUCAAGGGGUAAUUCAGCUCAUUCAUCUCAUGGAAAUUUAAAUGUCUCGAAUGUUUCACAAAAGCGUUCAAGGGAGGAUGAGGAAAUGGAGUUUGUAAUGUUAGUUAUAGGUUUCAUUCACGUAGUAGUGGCAGCUUGUUACGGUAAGAAUCAUAGGUCGAAGGGGUUGACUUGGAAUAAUUAUGAUCGCUCUCAAAUUAGAGCUACUUGGAUGAAUACAUUAAAGAUUGAUAGAAUUUGUCGUGAACAAUUGCGUCUUGAUAUACGACGGUUCGAGAAGUUAUGUCAUCUUUUGGAAACUAAAGGCGGAUUAGUAACUACGAAACAUGUCACUGUGAAAGAAGUUGUCGCAUUGUUUCUUCACACUCUAGCACAUGAUUUGAAAAAUAGAACUAUACAAGCUGUGUUUGCACGUUCUGGAGAGACAGUGAGUCGACAAUUUCAUAUAGUACUUGGAUCAGUACUCAAGUUGGGGAAGGAUUACAUAAGAAAAGUAGACCAUGCCACUAGUUAUGUCCAUGAUAACCAAUGGAAGUGGUUUGAGGGUGCUGUUGGAGCCCUUGAUGGGACACACAUCAAAAUGACUGUCCCUGUUGAGGAUCGGCCUCGCUAUAGAGAUAGAAAAGGGGAUAUUAGCACUAAUGUUCUAGCCACGUGUGAUCCAGACUUGUGUUUUACAUAUGUCUUGCCUGGUUGGGAAGGAUCAGCAUCGGAUCCUCGUGUUCUUCGUGAUGCCCUCCGUAGAUCUAAUGGCUUGAAAGUGCCUAGAAAAAAGUAUUUUCUUGUGGAUUUGGGCUUUACUAACAGCGAAGGAUUCCUAUCUCCUUAUAAGGGGACUCGAUACCAUUUGAAUUUGUGGCGAGGAAACACUCCUACUAAUCACAAAGAGCUUUUCAACUUGAGACACUCGUCCGCUCGCAAUACCAUUGAGAGGGCUUUUGGAUUGUUGAAGAAGCGUUGGGCUAUAUUGAGAGAUGCUAGCUUUUAUCCAAAAAAAAUUCAAGUUAGAAUCAUUAAUGCAUGUUUUAUUCUCCAUAACUUUUUGAGGGAGGAAAAAAUGGAAGAAAGAGUCUUUAUGCAAGAAGUAGAAAGAGACUUGGAUAGGAUGGAAGGAAUUGAUGUGGAAGAUGACGAAGAUGAUUACAUAUCCACCGCUAGAUCAACAAACGAAUGGAACGAAUUUAGAGAUGAUCUUGCAAAGAAAAUGUUUGAAGAAUAUGUUGGACGGACUAGAGCUAUAUAAAUGUUUUAUCAGUUUUAUCUAAUCAGCAAUAUGUUCUGUAGUAUACUCUGGAAUUUUAGUUACAAACUUGGCAAUUUUUGUUAAUUCUUGGAUCCAACUUGUUAAUUUCAUGUUGAUUAUUGAAUUCACUGUUUUUACUUGGCUGACUUUUGGCUGAUUCUGUUAGU